CGCAUGCGCUGUGCUGGUACCAGCUGGCAGAUUUUGAAGCAAAACCUGGCACGGAAGACUGGGGCGUACCGGACGCGGGUGAUUUGAUUGACUUCGCUCCCCAGCAUUCGCCGAGAUGGGCAGACGCCGGCUCCCCGAUCUGUACCGGGCCCCGUUCCCCUUAUACACCAUCCGGACGCACCCCGAAACCGGCCUCGUCGUAACCGCCGGAGGCGGAGGAGCCUCCAAAACCGGCAUCAAGAACGCCAUGCACUUCCUGCGGCUGGAGCGCAUCUCGGGGAAGCUCAGCGCCUCGCUGCUGCAUUCGCACGACACGGACGCCAGAGCCACGAUGACCAUGGCGUUACACGGGGACACGCUGGCCGCGGGACAGGAUGCCACUUGCCAAAUUCUACGCUUCCAGAUCCGGCCCCACGGACAGAAAAUCGGCAGCCGUGAGAAAGAUGAGAGCGGCGGAGCGCGCAAGAGGAGGCCGUCUAAGAGCGGCACGGAGGAGGCGUCUAAUCUCACCAAGAACCAGACUCCGGAGAUCUCCCUUCAGACCCUUCAGGUGGUACAGACCGACUUCAGCCCCGACAACCUGCAGAAGGCUGUUUGCUUCAACCAGGAUGGUACCAAGUUACUGACGGGGGGAGUAGACGGACAUCUGCGUGUGUGGGAGUUCCCUGGAAUGAAGAAGCUGCUGGACUUUAAGGCCCACGAGGGUGAAGUCGAGGACAUCGCGGCCAGUCCCGGGAAGAAGGUGGUGACCGUGGGGCAGGAUUUUCGCUGCUCGGUGUGGGAAGGAGAUCAGCUGCUUACGGACCUUCACUGGAACGAAAAUCUGCCCAACAUCCCUGAUAAAAUGUACCGCUAUCGCGCAUGCCGGUUUGGAAGGGUGGAGGACCGGAAGGACGCUCUCUGUCUCUAUACCGUACAGAUCCCCCAUAAGAGGGAGCGGCGCCCCCCGCCGUGCUACAUCACCAAGUGGGAUGGGCAGCGGUUUCUGCCGCUCCUCACCCAGUCUUGUGGCAAGGAGGUGAUAUCGUGUCUGACUGUCAGUGACUGCGGGACGUUCCUUGGGCUUGGCACAAUAACCGGUUCGGUGGCGAUUUACAUCUCCUUCUCGCUGCAGAAACUGUACUACGUGGAGGAAGCCCACGGCAUUGUGGUGACUGACUUGGCUUUCCUCCCUGAAACCCCCCAAGGACGAGCGCUACGUGGGGACAAUGAGACGGCCCUGCUUAGUGUCGCCGUGGACAGCCGCUGCUUGCUUCAUACGGUGCCCAACAGACGUACGUUCCCGCUGUGGCUGGUGGUCCUCCUCUGCUUGGUGAUGGUAGUGUGUGUGGUCCUCUCGCUUCAGUACGCCUUCCCGGGCCUCUUAUAGACGCGCGGAACGCACUCGGAAAUCCCACGGUGGAACGGA